AUGCACGUUGAAAUCAUUCCCCAGUCCUGGGGUAAGGGAAACAACUACGGAUACCUUUUGGUUGAUGAACCAUCCAGACACGCCUGGUUGAUAGACCUGGCUUUCCCCGAGGAUAUCGAAGCUUAUAUUUCCGAGAAAAGACCCAAUUUCGAGUUGAAGGCUAUCGUGAACACUCACCAUCACUGGGACCACGCCGGUGGCAACGAACACUUCCACAAAAAGUACCCAGACUUGCCUAUCAUAGCAGGUAAGGAUUCUGACUUGGUCACCUACACACCUUCCCAUCAGGAGGUGAUUGACUUGGGCGACCAGUUGCUGAUCACCGCUUUGCACACGCCGUGCCACACCCAGGAUUCCAUCUGCUACUACGUCAAGGACUCCAAGACAGGACAGAAGGGCGUUUUCACUGGAGACACCUUGUUUAUUUCCGGCUGUGGCCGUUUCUUCGAGGGAACACCUAGCCAAAUGAACUCAGCACUCAACGAAAUCUUGGGUAAAUUGCCCAAGGAGACCGUCACCUACCCAGGCCACGAAUACACCAAGGGAAAUCUCAAAUUCAGCAAAACCGUCUUGCAGAACAAGUCGAUCGAUAAGCUCCAAGAUUUCCUCAGCCAGAAUAGCGUCACUGCCGGUCAGUUCACUAUCGGCGACGAGCUCGAGUUCAACCCGUUCAUGCGUCUCCUGGAUCCCCAGGUUUUGAAGGCUACCGCAGCAUCAGGUGCCGUCGACGUCAUGGCCAAGUUGCGUGAAAUGAAGAACAACGCUUGA